UUAGAAUAGAAGAAGAAGCCCUCCCUCCCUCUCUCUCUCUCUCUCUCUAAGGAAAACCCUUCCUCACUCUCUAUCUUUCUCCCGUCUUUCUCUCUCGGGAAAUUAGGUUUUUGGGAAGAUGGUUGCAGACAAAGGGAAGAAAUCGAAGGUUGCAGAAAGAGAAGGAGAGGAAUCCGAUCACAUCGAUGGAGACCUCGUCCUCUCCAUCGAGAAGCUGCAGGAGAUUCAGGACGAGCUUGAAAAGGUCAACGAGGAAGCAAGCGACAAAGUUUUGGAAGUGGAACAGAAGUAUAAUGAGAUACGCAGUCCUGUCUACAGCAGGCGGAAUGAGAUCAUUAAAUCCAUUCCCGACUUUUGGUUAACUGCAUUUUUGAGUCAUCCUGCACUGUGCGAUCUCUUGAAUGAGGAAGACCAGAAGAUUUUCAAAUACUUACUUUCUCUGGAUGUUGAAGAUUUCAAAGAUGUGAAAUCAGGGUAUUCCAUUACAUUUCACUUUUCCCCUAACCCUUAUUUUGAGGACACAAAGCUAACAAAGACGUUUUCCUUCUACGAUGAGGGAACAACUAAGAUUACUGGCACUACAAUCAAGUGGAAGGAGGGAAUGAAUAUUGCGAAUGGUGCUGUUCCUGAGAAGAAAGGGAGCAAGCGGCCCUUUGCUGAAGAAAGCUUCUUUAGUUGGUUCAGUGAAACUCAGCAGAAAGAUCUUUCUGAAGGGCUUCACGAUGAGGUAGCUGAGAUAAUCAAGGAAGAUCUGUGGCCUAAUCCUCUAAAGUAUUUCAACAAUGAGGCUGAUGAAGAGGAUUUUGAUGACGAAGAAGAGGAGGAAAAUGGUGGUGAAGACUUUGAAGAGGAUGAUGAUGAUGAUGAUGAGGAAGACGAGGAAGACGGGGAGGAGGACGAUGGCUAAGGUUAUUUGGCGGUUCCUUUCUUGAAUUUUGUCUGCUUGGUUAUGACUAAUGUGAAGCAAAGUCCUGUGGUUGCAGUAGAGCCAGGUAAAACAGGAGAUGACUUUUUGACUUGCUGGGAAUACGGUAGUUUACCUGUAGCUCUACUGACUUCUACUCUGUUUAUUUAUUCUCUCUUUUCUUUUCCUUGGUUUUUCAUUUUUUCCUAUGUUGGGCUUCUUAUAUAUAUGGGUCUUUUUACUCCAUGGGUAUUAGAUGAGAGUAUUGGGUCUCCCCACUUCUUGGCUUUUAAGGAUUGCUGUCCUUUAUUUUGUAGGAUAGUCUGGCGGGCAGAGAGUAAAUUGUGUUCUUUAGUUUCUAAGGUUGUAUGGAUACUUUCACUUUAUAUCAUUCUCUUUCCAUU